UGCUUCAGCUCCGAUGAGCUUUUUGCCAUCCACAACCUGAGCGAGGGCUCCGCUGUGGGGCACAGCGAGUUCAAGGAGUUUUGCCCCACCAUCCUGCAGCAGCUGGAGUCUGGGGCGUGUGCCUCCGAGAACCUGGAAAACGAGGAAAAUGAGCAGACGGAGGAAAGCAGACCCAGCUCAGCCGAAGUCUGGGGUUACGGUUUCCUCUGCGUGACCGUCAUCUCCCUCUGCUCGCUGGUGGGAGCCAGCGUGGUGCCCUUCAUGAAGAAGACCUUUUACAAGCGGCUGCUCCUCUACUUCAUAGCUCUGGCGAUUGGAACUCUCUACUCCAACGCCCUCUUCCAGCUCAUUCCCGAGGCGUUUGGAUUCAACCCUCAAGAAGCUUAUUACGUUUCCAAAUCUGCCGUGGUGUUCGGGGGCUUCUACCUCUUCUUCUUCACGGAGAAGGUCCUGAAGAUGCUCCUGAAGCAGAAGGACCAGCAUCACCACGGGCACAGCCACUACGGCCCCGAGGCUCUGCCGUCCAAGAAGGACCAGGAGGAGGGGGUGACCGAGAAGCUGCAGAACGGGGACCUGGACCACAUGAUCCCGCACAUAACCAGCGAGCUGGAGUGCAAGACUCCCUCCGGGGAUGAGAAGGUUGUGGUGGGCUCCCUCUCUGUCCAGGACCUGCAGGCUUCCCAGAGCGCGUGUUACUGGCUGAAGGAGGUGCGGUACUCCGACAUCGGCACGCUGGCGUGGAUGAUCACCCUCAGCGACGGCCUCCACAACUUCAUCGACGGGUUGGCCAUCGGGGCCUCCUUCACCGUCUCCGUCUUCCAAGGGAUCAGCACCUCCGUGGCCAUCCUCUGCGAGGAGUUCCCGCACGAGCUGGGUACGUGAGUCCUCAGGGAAAGGGCGGGGAUGCCCCUCCGCCAAGCGCUCUUCUUCACCUUCAUCUCCGCCUGUUGCUGCUACGUGGGCUUGGCCUUCGGCAUCGUGGCCGGCAGCCACUUCUCUGCCAACUGGAUCUUCGCUCUGGCCGGAGGGAUGUUUCUGUACAUAGCGCUGGCUGACAUGUUCCCCGAAAUGAAUGAGGUCAGCCGGGAGGACGAGCAGAACGGCAGCACGCUGAUCACCUUUGCCAUCCAGAACGCGGGGCUGCUGACGGGGUUCACCAUCAUGGUGCUGCUCACCAUGUACUCCGGCCAGAUCCAGAUAGGGUAG